UGGGCCUCCGCGGCCCGGUGUCCUGGGCCUCCGCGGGUCUCGGCGAGCCGCACCGUGGCUGCUGCUCGGCCCACCCUACGGAUGAUGGGGGUUCUGAGCGCCAGGCGCGGCCUCGAGUGGCUGCUGUGCUUCUACUUCCUGUCCCACAUCCCCAUCACCCUGUUCAUAGACCUGCAGGUGGUGCUGCCGCGCGAACUCUAUCCGGCCGAGUUGAGAAACCUGCUGCAGUGGUAUGCUAAGGAGUUCAAAGACCCUCUGCUACAGGACCCUCCAAUGUGGUUUAAGCCCUUCGUGUUUUGUGAGCUUGUUUUUCAGCUGCCUUUCUUUCCCUUUGCAACAUAUGCCUUCUUCAAAGGAGGCUGCAAGUGGAUCCGCAUCCCUGCAAUCAUCUACUCAGUCCACACGAUGACCACUUUAAUUCCAAUUCUCUCCAUGCUGCUAUUUGAGGAUUUCUCCAAAGCCAGUGGUUUCAAAGGACAAGGACCCAAGACUUUCCAUGAACGACUAACCCUUGUAUCUGUCUAUGUCCCCUACUUUCUCAUCCCUCUCAUGCUGCUCCUUUUCAUGUUGCGGAGCCCCCACUACAAGUACGAGGAAAAAAGAAAGAAAAAAUGAGGGAAAUAAGCAUUGGCCUCGGGGAAAAGAUGCCCAUAGGACAUAUUCCUGUUAGACCCAAUACAUGGAAAACUGCUCAGAACCUAUGUCUUUAGCAGCAUUUGAAACACACCGGCAGCAAUAUACAAGAGCACAGUGCUGGCAAGAGCCGAGACAACGUCGCCUUCCAGGGACACUGGGAUGAACAGCCUGAUCACCUGACGUUGGCUGGAGGGAGGCAGGUAGGUUGUAGGGCAGUGGUGCCCAACACCUCACUGUGUGCCCAAGUUCCACUUCAGGAUUACUAGGAGCAGGACCAGACCAGACACAGGAUAAGCUACCAAGAAACAUGGCCUACUUAGCAUAUUGGUGAGUCGUUUGACCCACAAUAUACACGUGACUAAACCCCUGACUCACGAUUCUCUACAGCAUGUCACUGAUCAGCAAAAUGAAAUAGUGGGAUGUUUCUGGCAGUUCUGAAGUUUGAAGUUAGGCCUCCUUAAUACUAAUUCCAAAAUCAUGUCUUAUUUCCCCUUCCUCCCUUAGCCCAGGAAAAAAGAGAGAGAACAUUCUGCAAAGCCUGACUUUCUGUCAGAAAUGGGUUAAACUAGAAGGUGUUUGGUUUCUGUCUUAUGCAGGUCACCCCAAGAGUAGAGAUUUUUAAAGUCACCUUGCUCAUCUUCUUUUCAAUUUUUAGUCUUCUAUUUUUAGAGACCUAACCUAUUAGUCCCUUUCCUCUGAAGUCUGUUAUCGCAAACCUGACCUGAAAGUGUGCUUUUUGAUGGUUAGCUUUCUCCUUCCUAGUACAGUUGACUCAUUCCUUCCAUCCUGUUCUCGAAGCGGGGGGAGGGGCAGCUGGGCAGGACCUGCCCAGUGUGUGCAUACAGGGCUACUGUAUGUCAGUGCUUGGUGUUCCAUGAGCUCUCUCUGAAGUUUGUACCCAAAGCCAGCCCUAAAAAAAAGGGACCUGUGAACACAUGUAGAAAAUAGUAGAAACGGAUCCCAGUCAGUUCCCUCUGUUUUUGCCUAUUUUUUCCUCACACAGGCCAUAUCUGGCCUGACUGUUGAUAGUAUUGUCUGACUUGUGUAUGUCCAAAUAAAGUAGCUGCUGACCACUG